GGCAUAUGCCCUCCACAGGUGGGCCCAUGGGGACUGCCACUGGCAUAGUUGCUCAGGUUACGGUAUGGGAAAAAGCAGUGGGUCUCGAGCCAUUCGAGAGGUCGCCGAGGCCGUUAUUGCUUUGUACCCGAAUGUGGUGGGGUUUGGUGGUUUUGCUGAGUGUGACGAGAGGAUGCGGAAGUUUGCCGCUUUGGGUUUUCCCAAUUGUUGGGGGUGCAUUGACUGCACUCAUGUGUACAUGGACAAGCCUCGACGCAGGGACGGAGACGAGUAUUGUUCCGGAAGAAACAAUCGCUUCUUCAUUGUUGCACAAUUGGUGGUUGACUCCGAUCUCAAAAUUCUUGACUUCUGUUACGGUUUCCCAGGGACCGUUGGCGAUGCACGCGCCCUCAAGAACUCAUCUAUGUAUAGGAGGGCGCUGAAGGGGUCGUUGUUCUUGGAUGUCCCGAACGACCCCUUCCGCGGUGAGAGGCCUGAGAUUGUUGGUGUGCCAGGCAAUGGCACGUGGAGGGAUUAUGUGAGGGAGUGGAAUGCGUUGGUGCAGGAAUUGGAGAGGACAGAGAGGGAGGUCGAACGUCUGUACAAGUUCUUGGUGGCGAGAGGUGAUAGUAUCACCGUCCAUAUGCGACAUGGCAGUGCAGUUUGUGAAACUGAGAUAACGCAGGAGAGUGAUCAUGCGAGGAGAUGGGCUUUGUCCGUUGUUCAAAGACUGCGUUCGUCGAGAGCGAACCUGCAACAGUGCUGCGACGACAUCGUCACAGAGCAUCUGCAGACACGGCGGCAGUUGGAUAGAUGCAGACAAAUGUCGGAGGACAUGCACAUGCAAGCAGAUCAGACAUCUACAGCCUUGCAGGAAGCGUUGGUGGAGCGGGAUGCGGUUGCGGCGGAGCGGGGAGAAGCUAUGGCGGAGCGGGAUGAAGUUCGAAGACAGUUGGAUGCAGCAUCAAGGGAUCUGCGAGUGACACGUCAGCAGGCUCAAACGGCUUGGCAAAUCUACAACGACGUUGUGUAUGGUGGUCAAACUGCACGUCCGAAGUUCCCACCACCGGCGAGAGAUUUGUGUGAUGGGAUGGGAUGCAUGACACUCCAUAAUAAAGGAAAGGCUGCCGGCAUAUCCACUUCCACCUCUGCUGCGCAGGCGUCGAAAUGCGUUUCGUGUGAGGACUUGACUGCGCGUGUGUCGGAGAUGGAGAGCGAGAUUGUGAAACUUCAGAUGACUAACGAGCUCCUUACUUAUCCUCCUUCAUUCUGGGAAGACAUGGAAAAGGAACUCCGAGAGUUCAGGCCUCCGGCGAAGUUCCCACCACCACCGGGUCGCCCCUUGUGAUAGCGCAAGUGUUGUUUACCGUUUAGCAUCACCGCUUCAUAAGACUCCUCUUUUUUUCUUUCUUUUCCCCUUUCUCUGCCGCUUAUAUCAUUAGCUGAGGUCCGUCGGUUAUCCCAUUCU